AAGACAUCGUCAAAGACUUGUUGUCCUGUCAACACGCAAAGUUCCAACCAAAAGAGUCACCGGCAGCAAAUCUGAAAAUAUGGCCAAACUCACUGUCCACCACCUUCAAGUCGGACAGGGCGAGCGGAUCCCCUUCCUCCUCGAAGAACUCGGCAUCCCGUACGAAAUUAAGCUUUACCAGCGCAGCCCUUUUCUUUCACCACCAGAAUUGAAAGAGAAGCACCCAAUGGGAGCAUCGCCUCUACUAGAGGACGCCACUUCUGAUCCGGAGAACCCGCUCUUGCUCGCGGAGUCAGGCGCGAUCGUCGAGUAUGUGAUCAACAAAUACGGAGACGGUCGACUCGCCCUACCGCCUUCGCAUCCAAAUUAUGCCGACUACCUGUACUGGCUUCACUUCUCGAAUGGCAAUUUACAGCCUACCAUAUUCCGUAGAUUCCAGGCACGCAUGUUCGGGAUCGAUUCGCAGGACCAGCGUUAUCAAGGCACCGAUGAACGCGUAAAAACGGCCGUCGGGCACCUCAACAACCGCCUGAAGUCGAAUGACUACUUAGCCGGCGACCAAUUCACCGCCGCCGACGUGAUGACGACGUGGUGCUUCACCACGAUGCGUCGGUUCGAGCCCUUGGAUUUGACCGAGUAUCCUGCUAUCUUGGCAUGGCUAAAGAGAGUCACGGCACGACCGGCUUACCAGAGGGCAAUGAAGAAAGGCGACCCAGAUGAGGAUCUAGAGGCUUCGAUCAGUGCGGCUGGACCUCCGCGGUUCGUACCCAAGUCGUAAGCCGCUCUCCUGUAUAGCGCACGUUGUAUUUGGGUUGAUGAGAGUAGGAAACAGAAGCUGUAAGCUCGAAGAUGUAUAUAGCUACCUGACGCAGAAACAUCGAAUAUGGGAUAAAUUCUCAUAUAUCGUUUGUAUAUAAUUCUUUCUGCCGCAUCAUAAAAACGGGCUAUGUGAAUGCUCGGACAACGCCAACAUGGGCUUUAGCUGCAGGUAAACUACAAGAUCGGAUUAUGAA